CCCUCAGUAUCUAAGCCCCUUCAGUUAAGCGUAUCUGAAAUUCCCAGCUGGCGGUGGGAGGGGCUCAACGGGCCCCUCCUCCUGUCCCGCGUGUGUCACUCAUUCCUGCGCUGUCUCUUUUCUGCACAUAAACCACCCGAUUCCAGACCAGGAAGAUGGCCAUCCACGCCGACUGUGUAAAUGAGCACGGCGGGAACGCUAAGGGGCACAGCGACCGCCCAGGGCCGCACGGGAGCUAACGGUGGGCCAGGUGGGGUGGGGGUGGCCGCUGACAUGCUGGCUCCCAGGCCCAGUGAUGCUGCCUAGGUGCACGCGGUCCCCUUACAUCCCAGCUCAUUCGAAGGUUCCAAAGCAGGCGGGGGUGGGGCACAGAACUCGUGUUCUCCCCACCGUGCUGUGGAUGGGUAAUUCCGGGCACGAACUGGCGUGAGGACCAGUCUGGAAUGUCACACGCAGAGGCUCAGCCACGCUGGCAGCACGCCAUGCACAGAGGGGAUCAGAGUGUUCCGCGUGGCAGGGACGUUCACUGUCAGGUCUGAAGCCCGGUGCACGCCUAGUUGACACCUGUCGUGAUUACCUAGACUGCAGCGCCUCCAGGUUAUCUUCCAAGUGGCACCGUCACCUCUUACCCUGACUGCACGCCCCCCAGCAUGCCAGGCUGUGAUGACACAAGGGAAGCACAGAGAAGGGGCAGCCGUCCCCGUCCAGUCUCACCAGCAAAUUGCUUACAACGAGCAAAAUGGUGUAGAGUAAGCCGCCCACUCACGUUUCAGACAUUUGCCAAAAAUGGAUGGCGCUAACCACACAAUCACCAACCACGUAACACAAUCUCUGGUCCUAUUCUUAGGAAACACACGUGGAGGUAUUCAGGCACAAAGGGUCUUGAUGUUUGUGACUUACCUUCAAAUAGCCCAGGCAAAAAACUAUGUAUCCACAGACACAGAGGGAGGGCGGCGCGGACCCCUGAAAAGGGGCUACAGUGUUAACAUGGGAAACGGUGCCGGGUAGGAGGAUGUUCUUUGUAAUCAUUUUUGUAACUUUUUAUAAGUUUGAAAUUAUUUCCAAAGAAGAAGUGAAAAAUGUACCCCAAACCAAAACCCAGCAGCUAAAGCCGACAACAGGAACAUCUGGUGGCAGAGGUUAGGCAGAUGGGGGAAGAAAAGCGAGGAGGUUAUUCAGACAGGACACAGGUCCCCAGAGCUGGGGGUUGGCAGUGACACCUCAAAAGUGACACUAAAGGACCAAGUGCGCAAACAGGUGAAAUCACUAUGUGGUCUGCUAAGCCUUCCUUCUCUCUGGGUGUUCUCAGCCGAGGCAGGCCACCGAGAAGUGACAAGUCAGGAAGGUCUGUACAGAUGUCAAUCCUGCUUGCAGUGGACCCACCCAUCUCUGACAGGGGGUGACCGAGCCGUGACGGAACCAUGUGGCCUCCUUGUGAUGUCAUCCGCCCUCACAAUGCGCGUUGUCUGGACGACGCGUGCCUCUGGGAGCUGAAGCCCCGCGUCCGUCAGACUAUGGAGAGCUUCUCACUCCUCAGCAUUUCGGGGCCUCGGCUGUCUCCCUCGGCCCUAAGCACUUUUCCUGACAUUAUGUCCUCACGUGCCACCAGCUUGCCAGGCAUCAGCAAGACUGCGCUCCCCACAGAGGCAGCCAGCCCAGCUCAGGCCCGGCCACUCCAGUGCCUAAGCAGCACCCUCCUGCCCGGGGCGCACAGUGCACCGCUCUCUCCAGACUGCAUCCUGGGGGACCCCCAGAACGGGGCGCAGCUGAGGCAGAAGUGCACCAUCUACCGGCCCUGGUUCUCCCCUUACAGCUACUUCGUGUGUGCAGACAGGGAGCGCUGCCUGGGGGCCCCCAGCUCCCCAGAGGGGCAGCGGGACGAGGGCGGGGGGGACAGCUGCCUUCCUGAGGACGAGGCUGACAGCGUCUGCUCCUCGUCCUCCUCCUCCUCCCCGAAGAACACCUGCCCCCGACAGGCCACCCAGAAACCCGGACGCGGCCCGGACGCCACAGACUACAUCACGUCCCAGGACAUCCUGACGGCCUCCACGUGGCAGCCGGCCCAGCAGAACGGCUACAAGUGCGCGGCCUGCUGCCGCAUGUACCCCACCCUGCGUUCUCUCAAGGGCCACAUCAAGGGUGGCAUCAGGGAGGGCUUCAGCUGCAGGGCGUACUACCGCAGGCUCAAGGCCCUCUGGGGCAAGGAGCAGAGCGUGUGGCCCGGGGACAGGCUCUCGUCCGGCAGCUGCCAGGCCUUCAAGUAGCCACGUGGCCAGGGAAACGGGCGGAGUAUAUUCAUGUCUCUAGAGAGAGGCCAAUAAAACCAGUCAGUCACAGCCUCUGUCAAGUCUGAGGUCUCCCCGCACCACCUGCGGUCCUCCUCGGCCCAGUCCCAUCCCAUUGGGCUAACAGUUGCCUAGCAACACCAGGCCACCUCUCUCUCUCUCUCUCUCUCUCUCUCUCUCUCUCUCUCUCGCUCUCGCUCUCGCUCUCAAGAAAACGCCUGAAGUUUGAGGAUAAGCCCUAAGAAACUGGCUCUCAAAGUGAGGCACCCAGGCCAGCAGGGUCAGCACCUCCUGGGAGUUGUUAGAAACGAAAUUCUCAGACCUACUGAAUCAGAAACUGGGGGCGGGCCCAGCAAUCUGUGUUCUAACCAGCCCUGAGGGCGACUCUCAUGCAGCUCGAGUGUGAGGCCAGCAUUCGGAGACCCUGGCCUUUCUGCUGGUCCCUCUGUGGCCACGCCUUGCCUCCCACCACAGGGAAGCUCACACGGAGGGUGCAGGGUUGGACGCUCUUUCCUGUUGGCAUGGGGAAGUGUCCACUGGCAGAACCUCUGCACAGUUUGAAAGCUUCUAGGAUGUCAGGUCUUCUGAAGAUGGGAUGGGAAGACAACAUGUCCCUACGUAUGAGGCAGAGAAGAGGCCAAUGGGGCAUGGCCGUCCCCGCCGCAGACACCACACCGCCAGGCAGGGCCGUCCCCGCCGCAGACACCACACCGCCAGGCAGGGCCGUCCCCGCCGCAGACACACAGAUCCUUCAUGGAGAAGGAUUCUCUGGCUGAGCCAGAACAGACCGGGGAGCUUCUUUACACGGCUGUGUGGGGUCAUGACAACAGGCAGGUGAAAACAUUGCUCCUAUUACCAAGUAAUGUCCCCGCACACAGCCUGAGCCUUGUUCCAUUUCCGAGCAAAUGCACUGCCAACUCUGAGCAUCAGGGGUGCAGGGACGACAUCCGCUUUGCCCAUUAUGUGGUUUGAAGCAGGGCUGAGGGCUUCGUCAUCUUCCGAGGCCUUUGCACCUCUCAUUUCGCCUCCCUGGGACUCAGCGGGCCCUCUCACCAAGGUGUGGUGUUCGCGCUUCUGGUCCCUGGCCCCGGCCCGCCCUCUGGCUGGCCACCAGUGUCCCUCCCCUGCUCGUUACACCAGAAACGUCUGCAGACGUCGCCAUGUGCCCCUAGGAAAGCAAAGUCACCCUGGCCGAGAACCACUCGCACAGCCGAUCCCCAGGCUGGUCUGCACAAGCUUCGCCUGGGGGUACCUCCUCCCGCCCCUUUCAGGGAUGUGGGGAUCCCUU